AUGUGGCAGUAUGGGACCUACUUGCCCACUCUAGCAGCUCCCCAGCUGUGGAGCACAUGGCGGGGCAGCCCCUCUGCUCUGUCCUCCAUAUGCCGGGGUCCUGGGUCCAGGCUCUCAGAGGAGACAGGCUGUCUGCGAAAAAGUGUGAGAAACUGGAGGACAUCAAAGUUCAAAGCGCACGGUGUUUGUGGGAGGAGUGUGCACCUGCAGAUACUGACUUCAUUGACACAGAGGCACCGUGAAUUACGCACCUUAGCCAAGAACGCGAUGGAGAAGUGCCCAGCCGAGGAGGGAGCGCAACUUUUGGACAUCAGCUCCAACUCGCCCCCGGAGGAGCCCAGCGGUUCAGAGGAGGACCCGGGUGCGCUGAAGAAGCCGCCCUACUCCUACGUGGCUCUCAUCACCAUGGCCAUAAAGGACAGUCGAGAAAGGAGAAUGACUCUGAGUGAGAUUUACGACUACAUCUCGUGCCGGUUCCCCUACUACGAAAAGAACAAGAAGGGAUGGCAGAACAGCAUCAGGCACAACUUGUCUCUGAAUGAGUGCUUUGUAAAGGUCCCGAGAGAGAACGCUCGGGAUAAGAAGGGACAUUACUGGAUGCUGGACCCCGCGUUUGAAGACAUGUUUGAGAAAGGAAACUAUAGACGGAGGCGCAGAGUGAGGAGACCCUACUUCAACCCUGGAGUGCCAUACCUGCCUGGGACCACAGUGGACUACGAUCCGCGGUACCUGCACUCUUGCGUGAGUAGUCACUGGAGCCAGACGCCCGGGUACCAAACAUCACCCAGUCUAACCACCAGCGGAGCGCUCAACUCUUUCUGCCCCUCGCCCCAGUGGCACCACGCGAACUACGGGACCUUUAAGCACCACCCAGUCGCCCUGGUGCACCACAGCAGUUGUCCUUAUGGCGGAGUGACGCAGCCCGCAAGCCCAGAGGCAGCCAGCGUCUCCGUUGCAUGCAGCUACCAUCAGUUCACAUCUUUCCCCGCUUACCCAGAUGCGCCACUUUACAAGUAAAAUAAGCCCAUGGACUAUAGCCUUUUGUUCAGAGACUGUUGUAAUGUAGGCCACAGUUGACUGGUUAAAAAAAUGUGUUUAUGAAAUUUGUUCACUAUUUGUUUUGUGUUCAUGUGACACAGUUAAGACUCGUCUCAGAAAAUACA